AAAAACAGAGACAGAGAGACAGACAGACAGUCCAUGUGUCUGUCUCUGUGUCUCCAGGCGUGGGCUGUGGAGACGGGGAAGUACCAGGACGGUGUGGACGAGCCCGACCCCGCCAAGUGGAAAGCGAACCUCCGCUGCGCUCUGAACAAAAGCCGAGAGUUUCAGCUGAAAUACGACGGAACCAAGGAGACCCCGGUCCAGCCGUACAAGGUGUACGAGGUCUGCGAUCAGGGCGGGAACGCAGACGCAGCGGAUGAUGAUGACGAGGAGAUGCCCAAUCUGAUGGAGCUCUCCCUCAACCCGCGGCCCAGCGACCCCCCCCUCUUCAGCUGUGUGCCCCACGCAGACGUCCGUCCCUUCAGGCUGUCCUCCGACGGGACGUUUAGUCCCGUGACCCCGGGCCUCCCCAUGACGCCUGACGUCCAGGUCCAGUGUAAGGGGGGUUGUGGGCAGAGCUUUGUCUCUCUGCCCCCCCCGGCUGAGUCCGCCCCCCCUUGCCCUGCCCCUAUGGAGGCCAGCAGCAUACACGACGUCCAUAACCAGACGCACUGCAAGUACGACCUGCUCAGCAGUGUCCCGCUAACGGACCUGGAGCUGAAGUUCCAGUACCGCGGCCGGCCCAUGGGCUCCCUGACAGUCAGUAACCCGCAGGGCUGCCGGCUGUUCUUCGGGCUGCUGGAGCCCACCCCGGACCAGGUGGACCUGCUGGGACCCGUCAGCCUGCAGCAGGUUCGAUUCCCCGGCACCGGCGAGCUGCAGAGCCACAAGCAGAAGUUCUACACGGAUGCCCUGCUGGACGCCAUGGAGCGCGGCCUCAUCCUGGAGCUGUGGCAGCAGGACCUGUAUGCCGUGCGCCUCUGCCAGUGCAAGGUGUUCUGGUCCGGGCCGGGGGUGCCCCCCCACGCCGGCCCCAACCCCCUGGAGCGGGAGAAGAAGAUCAAAGUGUUCAGCCUCAACGACUUCUUGCAAGGUGACCAAUCACAGAGCCCAAACCAUCUACACACAGCUGCACACAACCAGCCAUUACAUAUCAAUAUAACUAAAUGUCAACUAUAA